AUGUCGUGGUUCCCCAGCUCUCAGAGACGCCCGAUCCCGUACAAGCAGCUCUCCAAGGAGGUUAUACACAAUGGCGCAAUCCUCCCGGCGGCAAACAUUAGCGAGUACCUCGAGGCCAUUUACAAUGUGAAGCCGACUUCGAGGCUGGCCAAUCUCGAAUGCCCGGCCAUCAACGUAACACGUUACAAGUCGCUCAAGUCUGGAAAGCCUUCACCGAAACGACCGGCACCGUCUUCUCCUCCUCCGGUCCCAUCCUCUUCGACAUAUCCGUCUUCAUCUUCGUCUCUACCGCUAUUCUCAUCUCCUCCUUCCUCUCUGUCCACAUCUUCACCCUCAUCUUCAGAUUCAGCCUCACAGUCAUCGCUGGCUUCAUCCUUACUCGACUCGCCGUCAUCACUAUCGCCAUCUAGUACUCCUCCCGCUGCUCUUCCUCGCUCACUCUCUCACUCAACUCUCGACGUCGAGAUCCGGUACUUCUUCGCCCUCGACUUGAGGAACUGCAUCAAACUACUUCCCCGUCUCAUCGGCAGCAUCGUCGAAGUCAUUCAGUUCCUCGGCCCCCAGUCAUGUGCUCUCUCGAUUGUAGAGGGAGACUCUCCUGACGGUACUGGAGAUGUGCUCGCCGCUCUCCGGCCCAGCCUUGAGGCACUGGGCGUCACUUACAUCUACAACUCGUCCACCGUCCACUCGGCCGAGGGCAACCGCAUAGCCAAACUCGCCGCCCUGCGAAACAUGCCCCUGGAGCCCAUCUUCCAGGGGACGCUGCCCAUGGCGGACGACGCCAGCGUCAUCUUCCUAAACGACGUGGCAGCGUGUCCCGAGGACAUUCUCGAGCUGAUAUUGCAGAAGAAGACGCUCAACGCCGACAUGACGUGCGCCAUGGACUGGACAUAUUCCGGAGAAGAUCCCACCUUCUACGACGUCUGGAUCGCGAGGGGCAUGAACGGCGACUCCUUCUUCCACAUCCCGUCCAACGGCAACUGGGGCGAAGCACACAACCUCUUUUGGAAUGCGCCGGAUACGAAGUCCCGCUUUGAGUCGCUGCGCCCUUUCCAGGCCUUUGCAUGCUGGAACGGCGCCACCGUCUUUAGCGCCCAGCCGAUUGCCGAGGGCCUGCGCUUCCGUACAAACUACGACAAGAAGGGCGAGUGUUUCCAGGGCGAGCCGGUGCUGUUCUGCAAGGACAUGUGGUGGCGAGGCUACGGCAAGAUUGCUGUCGUUCCGAGUGUGAACCUCGAGUACAGCAUCACCAACGGGAGGAAGCUGAAGAAGCUCAAGGGCUUUGUGUCGGACAAUGUCGCCAAUCACGAUGAGAGGAGCGAUAGGAUUGAGUGGGCGGGGCCUCCGGAUACGGUGCGGUGCAUGCCGACAUGGAAGGAUCAGUUUAUGCAGCGAUGGAACAAGAGUUUGACUGAAUGA